AUGACUUUGGAAGGUGUCUUCAACCACCUGGUGCUUCCCCCGAAGCUGCCUGGUGGACAGGAUCCCCACCUCGACGAGGAAGGUCGCGACUUUGUGGCGCGACUGAUCGCUGCGAUCGACACUCUGAACGCAGCCACCAACGAGAACUACUCCGAGCCUCUUGCCCCUCUGCGAAAAUCACUCGAGAUCUGCCGUCAUCUCAAUCGCGGCUGUCUUGACAAGGACACACUUGCCGUGGCCCUCAAAGACUUUGGCCAUGCACCACUUGUACUCCACGUCGUCGAGCAGAAUGCGGCGCUGAUCAUCAGACCGAGCGGUCCCAACGAGCCGUCCAGAUCUGUCGUCUUCGAGGCCUUCGAGGCAUCGCCCACGUCAGAGGCCGUGCUGGCGUCCGAAAACGCGCUGAUACAAACCUUCCCGGGUCGUGCUUGCGCCAUCCCACAGUCCUGCUUCGAAAGCGAUGACUUCCAAUCCUCCCUCGCCGAGUUCCUGGAGAAGGCCAGCAACGAGACUUUGAACCGGCUCGUGGCGCACACCAGGAAGGCAGGCGAUGAGAUCAUUGAAACCAGAGACACGACCAACCCGGCCAUGAUCACCCAGCUUCUCAUGCCUCUCCUCGAGAGCCUCGGCCAGAGCUUCGACUUUGUCAGAUUCCAAAAGAGAGUCCGAGAUGACGUGAACAUUGAAGUCGAAACUGGAACAGGCUCUUCCCUCCCCUACCGCCGCCACCCGUUCUGGCUCGUUCUGCGUGUGGCCGUUCAGCGGCAGCUGUGUCUCUCCCUGGGCUACCACAAGGGCCGGGCAAUGUACAAGGCCAUCAUUGCCAUAGUCCUCGCACAGUUCAUGGCCAAUGUUGCGGGGCAUCUCAAGCCACACCUUACCCUACUGUUGCGGGACAAGCUUUGCCGCAGACUCGCCAAGCUCGAGCAGGAAAGGGCCCAAGACCCCGGCGAGAACACCGUCUACGAAGCCUUCUUCCGCUCCAUGGGGCCGUGGAUGCAGGAGACCAUCCAAUCAGUGAACAACCGGAUGAACAAUGUCUGGGACCACUUCAAGAGGCGAACCACCCGCCAAGUCGAGCUCUUGCCUGCUCCGAAGUCUGUUCCUCGGGAUCACUUCCGUCUCCAGCUCCGCAUGAGCGGGAACUACCUCGAAGGAGUCAUGAACCGUCCCCUGCAGCAGAAGGCACAAAAGGCCACGUUCGAUCCCAAUCGAAUCAACGAUGAGGUCGUCAAGCAGGUGCAGAAAUUCAAUGCUCGCUAUGCGAAGAUUGCUGCCUUUGAGGAUGAGAUCAGAACUAGUCCAUUUGAUCGCCUGAAGACCUCAACUGAGGCGAAUGAUACUCGGUCCUCUACACACGGCCAUCCUUUUCCUCGUCAAGAUGGACAAAAUGACGGCGUUGACCAGCCCCAGAGUCUAGGCUUCGAUCCACCGGCACCUCGCAUUCAUCGCGCUCCUAUGAGUGACCCGAAAGCCCGAUGUGUUCAGCUGGCAGAAUCAAUCUUGGGGUACUUUGAGGUGGUCGGAAAUGCCUAUGACUCGAAUCCAACGCAGAUGAGCGCCUUCGUGCUCAAUAUCUUUCACCUAUGGGUAUUGAUGGACACGGCCGCCAUUCAAGCUUGCCCCUUGAUUCGCGAGUAUCACCCAAUGUUCACCCCAGAGCUGUUGGACGUCAUGCAGCUGGAACGUGUCGAUGAUUUCAACCGACUUCACACCAUUCAAGGUCAUUUGAGAGAUCGGGUGAUGUCCUCCCGGGCUCAUUCAUAUGAUAUCCUGAGUGCUGAGAGCUCACCCAACUGUUUCGCGGCCAGGUAUCUGGUUGAACACCAUGAGUUGCAAGUCCUGUAUCUACAAAUCCUGCAGGACUCGCAGCAGGCUCGUGAGGAGAAGGAGGUUGAAUGGGACAAGAUCUCCGAGGAGUGUGAGCAAUUCUCUCAGGAGAUGGCAGCCCUGUCAUGCAUCUGUACCGGGGAGCCCGGGGAGCGUACGAAGGAUGACAUCAAGAAUUGUACAAAGUGCUUUCUUCGAAGGAAACGCCGCCGUUUGCAGAUUCAGGCCCACGAGGAUUUCCUUCCGAUUGAUGACGCCAAGGCCGCCAAGAUCCUGUUCGAGCUCUCCAUCCCGCGCUGGUACGAGGCUUACCGGAAUGUAACCUUCAAGAUCAUCUAUGAUCUUGCGUGGCCGGCGCGAAUCGAGCUGGAGGAGCCGCCACUGGUAUUCAGAGAUUUUGGCCCAUUGGAGCCGUACCAAAAGCCUCGAUCCGUCGCUGGAGGUGUCACACUUGCCUCUCCCAAAAAGAGCUUCCUUCAGACCCACUGGAAGGUCGUCCCAGUCCUGCAGGGCUCACUCCGCGAUGUCUUGCAUUCGCAUGGGCCCGAAUUUGACCUGUACGAUGUUGACAACAAGGUCUGGAUCUCAGCCAUUGAUCGGGACGCCCUGACAUUUCAGCAUCUCUGUGGAGUUGUCGUGCCCGAAUGCCUUCGCAAGACGGUUCUCUUGCCACAAUCUCACCCUCCAGCUGUCGCCGAUGGACCGUCGUCCUACGCUGUCAUUGCGAACGAGCGCCAGUGUCCCCAACAGGUCUCGAUUCACGAGUUCUCUGCGUACCAGCGGUUGCUCUCUGGAGUAUCACGGCGUUGGAUGACCAUGCUUGUUGAGCUGGGUUCUUCGCACCUCAAUUUCUCCAACAGCGAGACGGUUCGCUUCCUUUCGCACUUGGCCUUACAAGCUGGUCCACUUGAUGCAGCAAGCCCAUCUGGCUUGCGGGAGGCAUACCGAGUCUUUGCUGACGAGGACUUCUGUUUCCGUCUGGCAGAGAUGAUUGACCAGCGACUUGAGUCGAUCAAGUCGAACUGGCGCGAAGUCAAUCUCAUGGAGCUGUGCAUUACGCUGAGCCAACGACUCUUCGCAUUCACCUCGUCAUACGAGGCCUGCAAAGUCGCAGAGAAAUCUAUUCAAUGCGCAAGAGAGGCUACCCUUGGCUGGAUCAGUAGGCUCCGCAAAGAGCUCCAGAAUGCAAAGGAUGGUUCAGCUGCGGAGAGAGCGGCUGCUUAUGCCUUCAAAUCUGCUCUCUUGUGCCGGCGGACCUUUGCGACUCAAACUGAGCUGGCAGCUGAAGAGCUCCAGGCAUACUGUGAGGCAUCUAUCGCCUUGCAAGAACACAUGUCCACCAGCUUUGAGAGUGAUCCGGUACUCAAGGAGAUGGCCAUACAUGACACCAAAAUGGAUAUUGGACCAAUUGUCUACGCAGCCAUGCAGGAACAUCCACGCAGUCUGGAAUUGGCCAUCUUCAAGGGCUGGUCACAGUCCGGGAAUUCCACCAACGUAACAUUCUCUUCAUGGUCGAGCACCGAGGAUAUGCAGCCGUGGGUGGUCGGGCAGAUGGCCACGACAAUCUCUAUCUCUACGGGCAACACUCAGUCAUGUGCUGUGAGGCAGACAAUCCAUUUCAACUACGUCUCUGGCUUCCUGCUGGUAGAUGGAAAACCGGCAGGGCGUCUACCAGAGCGCAUUCGCAACUCAGAAGAGGUGAAGGAGUUGUUCGGUAUUCACCUGCACUUGAAGACAUACACGUCCCCUUUGGCCGGGAUGUCGCAUCAGCUUGCCGGGCCUGUUGAAGGCCGGCAUAUCCACUUUGGCCUCAGAGAUGAUCAGGUCAUUGUACGUGCAGUCUCGAACACGGAAAUCCUAGAGUUCAUCCCACGCAAAGUCUUCUUCCGAGAAGGGAACUACGAUUUGCCUGUCGAACUACUUGACAACUGUGUCCAUUUCCUCAACUUAUCAACUGGAGCUGUGCAGAUUCACCCUCGGCCUCGAAUUUGGACACCAAAAGAGGCGGACUGGGUCAUCAACCUACACACUCGCCAAUGCACACGAAGUCAUGGGCGACUUGGUUGUCUCGGUCGCCUCAUAUGUCCUUACUCUGAAACAGCCCAGCUUGUGGAGCGGUUGUUCCUUCACUUCGAGCGCCCGGAAUUUCUCAAGAUAUUCCUCUCAAGGAGGAGAAACUUGUGCGUCAACUUAAACCGAUUCGAGCUGUCGUUCCGGGUCAACGGAAGUAGGCGGCUUGAGGAAACGAAGCUUGGUAAAGAAUUCGAUCCGAACCAAGAUGCUGGAACACUUCACGGACUUCUCAGCAAACUCGUCCUUCGAGACAUGAAAGACUCGAGGAAGCGCACCAUCAUCGUGCCGUUAGGAAACAGUAUCCAUCGUCUGCAUGACCCGCACGUGGAAGUGUCAAUUGUUCCCUCAUCGCAGAAUGCAUAUGCGAAGUAUGACAUAGAUGACGUGCUAGGACGACUUACUUGCCCCCCGGAGCCCUCCUUGCUUUAUACGAAGGCACAUCUCCAUGCAUUGACAAGCUUUCCAAUCCCGGAUAGGUUGACCGGACGGACCGGUACCGAGGAAGCCAUUCAUAUCCUCCAGUCUGGCAUGUCCCAACCAUGGGCUCCUCUAGGCUUCAGUCCCACAUCAGAGUUGAAAGCCAUUGCUGCGCUUUCUCCAAGGAGAGAAUUCUAUCCCGAGGACAGGCGCAGUCUCCAAGAGGCACGGUGGAAUCCCAAGCUACCAGACCCAGUCCAACACGAGCGCCUCGAGACACUUGCACGAGACCUUCUGAGGAAGUCCAAUCGCCUCCAGCCGUUCUGCAAGAACACAUCAGAUGUGGAGGAAGUGGAGCAAGCCUCACAUCUGCGUCGACGAGCCGAGAUACGGCGGUCCGUCUAUGACCCUUCUUCGAUUCAUCCACCCCACAUGGGGGCGCACAUGCCGCCCAAAUCCAAUGGGAAGGCUCCUAAUGGACACACUCCGCAUGGACACCGUCCCAAUGGAGAGGUUCCUAAUGGAGAGUCUCACAAGGCUAGACAUGAACCCGUACCUAGCCUCGAUAAGACCUAUACUUCCAGAGACCGGUCGUUUGACACUGCACUGGCGAAGAAUGUCAAGCAUGUGGUGAAAGGCAUUUUCAGACGACCAUUGCUUCUUUCCAAGGGAUUGAAUCCACGGUCUAUGUUGAUCGGCGAGCGAAUAAUCGGCGGCUUCCAAUCGAAUGGCUCUCAUACGGAGGGAAUCACCAAACUGGUCGAAGAUACAGUGGUCGAACAAUUUGGGGAGCUUGUCGACUUCAGCAGGCACUGCAGCGCUGAUCAGCUGUACAGUCUUGCCUUCAGACUUGCGCUGAUGAGUUUCAAACCGGACGCCAGUUUGGAAAUGCUGGAGGUGCUGGCUGCAAUUGCGAGGCUGGAUGCAUUGAAAGUUUUGGUUCCCCCUCAACACGCCGUGUUUGUCGACUUCAACCUCAUGCCACCAACGGUCGGUGAUUUAGAAGCGAUCAUUCGAUCCGAGUGGCCUCCUUUCAUCGAGCCAGGUGGAAAGAGAACCAAGAAGACGGCUGCAUUUGAUCAACACAUGAUGACAUGUGAGGAAGAAGGUCGACGACUUGCAACAUGGUUCGCCAGGCAAUGGCCUUCGGAUACACCAUCCCUGGAUGGAUUCCAGUCUGGAACAAAAUUGCUCGAUGCGGGUGACGCUUUGAAUGCGAUUCUCGAGACAUGGCAACAGCGAACCAACAACAUGGAACUUGGUGCCUACCUUGACGAGCUCCAAGUCGCGAUGGACAAGUUCGUCGCCAAGGGCAGUAUCAUGCUGCCGGAACCCGAGCCAAGGGCCUUUUCUUCCACGUCUGCCUGCGAUAUCUUCUCUCGUGGCAGCUCUGUCAUUCCGUCUCUAUCGCUUGAGCUCCUCAGCAAGACUGCUCAUCUAUCUGCUUUGGCUCCAAUCUGGGACUCCCCUUCGCUCCAGUUGGCACAGGCACAUGGCACAUCGCUGCCCGGAACGACAGCGCCGAGACCAGAGCUCAAUGAGCUCCACCAAGCUCUACUUCCAUUUCUGAAAUCUGAUGACCAGGGGAGGAGUCGCUAUGGACAAGACCUACUACGGAGCUUGCAAGCAUUGAGGAACCGUCAGGUGCUGUCGCACGGCCCUAAUCGAGGCUGGCAGCAUCAGUACGGAUCGGCAUCUCGAAUGACUAACCUGAUCGACCAAUCUCGCGCAAAGAUUGCAGAGACGUACAAUACCAUCAACAAUGCCCUGACAGCAGAUGACAAGCGGUCGAUUUGGUUACGAAUGGCUGACCUGUGGCCUGGUGGCAAGGUCACCCUGCUUGAGAAACUGCGGUCAACAGAAAAGACACGUUUCGGGGCCGGCAUGAAGGAGAUGAUAGUUAAUUUCGGUGUCAUGAACACAGAGCUUCAAUGGCUGGAGAGGCUGCGAUAUUAUCAACUAACCAAAGACGACGCCAGAUUCGAAGAAACCUUCAGAAGUAAGGGGCACCAGAAUUGGGAUCCUCUGCAGCGACCUGACUGGCUACUUGUGGAACUGGAAUGUGACCUCCUCAUCAGGCCAGAGCAGGUUGAUGUGGCCAAUGCAAUCAUAUCACCCGCUUCCGGCGCGAAUUCAGUACUGCAGAUGAAUAUGGGCCAAGGCAAGACGUCGUGCAUUGUGCCAAUGGCCAUUGCGAUACUCGCCGACCGUACUCAAAUUGCCCGCCUUGUCGUUCCGAAGGCACUUCUUUUACAAUCAGCUCAACUCAGCGGUCUUCAACGUCUCGUAGACUCAAAGACAUCCGAGGCCGACAUGAUGAUCCGGUUUCAAGAAACGUUGACACGAUUUUGUCGAGACGUCAUUGACGAGUCCGACUUCACUCUGGGAGUCAAGACACAAUUGAUUUAUCCUAGCGGCCCCCAGCUUUCUGUCGACGGUGCACCACAGCGAUGGACCAUCGUUCAAGAGCUCCUUCGCCUAUUUGAGGAGCAUCUGCCCGCGAUCAGAAGGAGCUGUCCACGCAGCGUGGAAGUGAUUCCGCCGGCACAGAUGCAGGCGUUCCCAAUGGCCUUCUUGCUCCGAAAUGAUGCUGAAGAGGAGUUCCACCGUCUCAUCAUCGAAGACAUCGUCAACAAUCGUACCACCUUCUUGCGACUGUCCCAGUCUGGGGCCCCUCCAAAGAAAGUUCGGAGGGCUGUACGGCAAUUCCUGUCAGAAUCCAGCACGAAGCUGCAAGACAAGGAGGGACUGAAGGAGGUUGUCAGCCUCUUUGAUGACCGAGAUUCCGCUGCGAAAACACUUCUCCUUGUCCGCGGCCUUAUUUUGAACAGGAUCUUGCUCUUCUGUAUGAAGCGGCGGUUCAACGUACAAUACGGACUGCAUCCAAGUCGAGACCCAAUCGCUGUGCCUUUCGAAGCGAAGGGUGUUCCAUCCGAAACCAGCGAGUUUGGCCACCCGGAUGUGGCCAUCAUCUUUACGACUUUGUCAUUCUACUAUGCUGGCCUCAGCCCGUCUCAAUUUCGCCAGAGUCUUUCUAGUGUGCUCAAGGCUGACGACGCCGCCUCCACCUACGAUCGAUGGAUUCACGGCUGUGACACAUUGCCCGCCGGGUUGCGCAAUUGGAAUGUAAUCAACUCAGAUGACGAUGGUCAGGUUGAUGAGCUGUACAGCCAUUUGCGCCUCGACAGAAACGUCCUCAACACCUAUUUGAAUAGUUGGGUGUUCCCAUCGUACGCCAAGCAGUUCGGUUUGAAGCUAUCAGCCUCGGCCUGGGACCUGCCGAACUUCACCAGACCCCAGAAGCCGGCUCUGCCCGGCGCAAGAAGUACAGGAUUCUCUGGCACCAACGACAACAAAUCGCUGCUGCCCUUGACAAUCCGCCAGGAUGACCUCCCUGGUCUGAUCCAGACCAAUGCAGAAGUUCUGUCUUAUCUUCUACAGCGUCGAAAUCGCAAUUAUUACUGUGCAGCCUUCCACGGCACGCGAUUUACGGAGGAGGAGCUUUUGCAGAAGAUGACCAGGGAAAAGAUGAUGGUUCUCAUCGAUGCUGGAGCUUACAUCCUAGAGCUUGAAAAUAGGGCCUUGGUGAGCAAGUGGUUAGACGUCAACCCAGAACCUAAAGCUGGUGUGUACUUUGGGAGCGACAACCGCGCCUGGGUCCUCUAUCGAGGAGUAAAGAAGAAGAGCGUGCCAUUGGUCGCGACCCCUUUUGCGGACGAUUUAUCAGAUUGCGUGGUAUUUCUCGACGAAGCCCACUGCCGCGGAACCGACCUGAAGCUGCCGCACAACGCUAAGGGGGCAUUGACACUUGCCCUUGGCCAGACGAAAGACCAGACCGUGCAGGCUGCGAUGAGGCUCCGGCAGCUGGCGACCACCCAGUCUGUUGCCUUCUUCGCCGGCCCGGAGGUCCAUCAAAGCAUCAUGGAUGUCUGCAAGCUCUCUGGCAUUGCUCACAUCCACUCUGGCCAUGUUGUGCAGUGGCUGUUGGAACAGUCGUGUUCUGCAAACGAGCACCUUGCGAAUCUUCACCUUGCCCAGGGCGUGGACUACUGUCGACGGCUCAAUGCUCAGUGGAUGUACGACCAGUUCCUCACCGAGGACCAGCAUCGCAUGAUGUUGCUCAACGUCAUCCAGCAGCAGGAGAGGCAGACUCUAAACCAGCAGUACGGCCGAGUUACGGACACCACUAUCAAGGGCUCACCAGAAGAGGUGGCCUUUCCAGCCUUGAAGGGUUUCAUGACCAAGCUUGCCUCUGAGCGAAAGUCCAUGGCUGGCAAGCCAGGUGCAGGCGGCAUGCACAGCUCCGCUCUUGAGGAGGUGGAACAGGAGCGAGAGGUGGAAUUCCAGGUCGAAGAGGUUCGCCAGGUACAGAAGCGAAAAGUCUUCAAGCCACUCACAUUCUCCGGUCUGCACGCAGCUUUCAAGCACUUUGUCCACAGAGGCGAGCUUCUCGGUGGCGAAGGCUACGUGCAUGCUUUCACCUUCCUGAGCACUACAUCCAUCGGGCAGAAGUUCAAGGUGCAGCAGACGUCAAGCCGUUUCUUCGUAUCGAAGGAGUUCACGCGAACAGUUGUGUUGAGCAAACAGGGGCAGAACAAGUACCCAGACAGCUUUCUCCGGCCGGUGGAAUACAUCCUGUGGAGCGCUCUGACAGAUACGGCCCUGGUCAUAAUUCCCGAAGAGGCCGAGCUCCUGAUCCCGAUCAUGAGACGCGCUGGGCCGAGGUGUCUGGUGCACCUGAUCACCUACUCCGCCCCGGUGACCAAGGCGACCCUGCGCAACUUCAAUGGGCUUACCUUCUACAAUAUGCCACCUCUCCCCGACGACUACCAGUUCCCGAGGUGGUUCACCGUCGAGCUCGGCAUCCUUGCAGGACGUCUCUAUGUCAACUAUGAUGAGUGUGCAGCGGUAGCGCAGUAUCUGAAGAUGUCAGACAUGGCAGACGAUCAGAUGGACGGCUCAGCCGAGGAGGAGGAGACCUUUGCAAGCAACCCCAUUGCAUUCAUGUCCGAGUGGCUUGCCCACCGCAGGCAGUCUGACAUCCAGCAGACGCCCAUGGGAUACAUCCUCCGCGGCAGGAUCGAGGCGCUCCACCCGGAGCACGCCUUCUUCAUGACCCACGCGAACGGGGCGCAGAGUGUAUUGGAGGCGCCGAUAUCCAGCGGCAAGCGCGACGCGGCGGAGGAGGAAGAUGGCGAGGAUGACGAUGACAUUUCUGACCUGGAGCAUGACGGCGAUGAUGCCGAUGAGGGCUGGGACGACCUCGAAAACGAGCUUGAUGCCAUUUCCAGGGAGGAUGCUGGCGAUGUCAGCAUCGGAGAAGGCACGGAGAGGGUCGCGGCUGAGAAGGCCCUUUUUGAUGACGAGUGAAUUUGCUCUGACGGUUUUGAUGUUUUUUUUUCUUGGCACGGUUGUGGAAAAGGGGAAACCAAAAAAAUGGUGUGUGGAAUCUUGCUGGGUUUGCCAGUUGCUGGUUCUUGCUGUACGAGUAAGUUUGGAAAUGUGCCUAGGGUUGGUCUUCUUGAUGUUGUUGCUCGGUUGGUGGGGACGAGAUGAGCUGAGCUGAGCUGAGAUGAGACGAGAUGAAAUAAAAGUUUUGUGAUUUUGCAUGAUCUGACCUGACCUUUCUCUGUGUGCUUGUGUUGUGGUUCUGACAUGGUGCGUCCGUGGGUGAUUGUGCUGCUGCUCUUGUAUUCUGCCGUCAUUGCUGUCUGUGGAUGAAGAGAAGGUAAGGCGCACUGGCAUCGAGCUCAGCCCAAGACUCCUCAUCUUCAGGCCAGGCAGGCAGAAGUAAUAUUGAUGGUUG